CGAUUGAUUGCCUGAUUGUGUUAGUGAUGACAACAUUGCGAGAGACUCGCAGCAUUCCCUUCCUCUCCUAUUGUGUCACACUGCGUUUGAUCUCAGAGGACAACUGUUGAAUCGAAACACCUACUUGCUUCGCUAGUUCGCCCGUAUCUCUACUGUAUCUCUACUUUACCGAUAUUAGACCCUCCACCCAAAAACGAGUACGCGGACUAUGAUCAGGAAUGGACUGAUUUUGGCAUUGGGAUCAUUUUGGCUAUUAUCUGACGCCAACACGCCAUCGGAUGCCCUGCAGUUCGGUUUCACGACCAGCACCCAACGCGUCGGUCGUGUAACAGCCGGUCCCAUAACCAUUAGUGAGAUAGGGUGCGGGACGUGGAGUUGGGGAAACCGAUUACUCUUCAACUACGACCCUUCUCAAGACGAAGAAAUAUACGAAGCCUAUCGACUAGUUCGAGAAGCGGGUGUGACCGUUUUUGAUACGGCCGAUAGCUACGGAACUCUCGAUUUAAACGGACGAGCAGAAAUGCUUCUCGGAUCUUUCGAAAGACGCUACCAGCUAGAACAGACGUCCGUCGCAAAACCCUGGUGGUCGGUGGCCAGUGCAUCCGACGGGGUCCAAAAUGCACAGCAAGUCGCCACCAAAUUUGCUCCCUAUCCUUGGAGAAUCACGCGUCAAAGUCUUUUGAAUGCGGCGAAUGCUUCACUGGAUCGGUUGCAGCAACCUCAGUUGGCGAUUGCGCAAGCUCACUGGUCAACCGCCAACUACCAACCUUUCCAGGAGGGUGCCAUAUGGAACGGUCUAGCAGACAUUUACGAUGCUGGUCUCAGUCAAGCGGUCGGGGUCAGUAAUUACGGACCCAAUCAAUUACGGAAGGUAGCUUCGUUCAUGAAGGGGCGGAACGUUCCCUUGGCGACCGCUCAGAUACAAUAUUCCUUGAUGACCUACGGGGUGGCCCAACAGAUGAAUGCGGCAUGUGACGACGUUGGUUGUCGUCUUAUCUCCUAUUCGCCCCUCUGUUUGGGAUUACUGACGGGAAAGUAUGAUCUGGACAAUCUUCCGCGCCCGGGAAAUCCGAGACGACAAUUGUUUCGCGAACUUCUUCCUGGUGCACGGGGCCUCUUGAAUACACUUCAGGUCAUCUCGAAAGAUUAUAACAAGAGCCAGUCGCAAGUAGCUAUAAAUUGGGCAGUAUGCAAAGGUACUGUUCCAAUACCGGGAUGUCGGACAGUGGAUCAAGCUCGUGAAAAUAUUGCAGUCACCCAAUGGAGACUCAAGCCUGACGCAAUCGAAGAAUUGGAUCAAGCAGCAUCGUCGGUUCAGAAACCGAUGAUUCAGAAUAUUUUUCAGACAGAUUAA